CUGGAGAGGGGAAAAGAUACUGAGAAUCAGCAGAGAAAGCAACACACCUGCAGUUCAUGGAACAGGUCUAUCUGGGACCGGGCAUAUCAUAGCAACCAAUUGGGAUAGGAAGAGGACUGGAAUAUACUGGUGGCAAUGUGCUAAGGCCCCAGUUGACUGCCCAUUGGUUUGUCCACGUGAACUGGUAGGAAGUCAGGGGAUAUCUCCUCAGAAAGUCCACCCCAAGAAGGAAGGUCCCCACGCCUGUGGGCUGCACAGGGAGUGCUGUUGCCAUAUUUUGGGGGUUGCUGCCAUUUGAUCCAAGAAGGAUGGCUUUUGCUGAGCUUCUUGACCGCCUUGGAGGCAUGGGACGCUUCCAAGUCCUGUACGUGGCAUCCCUGGCAGUCCCACUGCUCAUGCUGGCCAGCCACAACCUUCUCCAGAACUUCACAGCUGGUAUCCCCGACCAUCGAUGCCAGGUCCACUUCCCAGCCAACGAGACCCGGCUGGUCAAUGGGAGCCAGGAGGAGGUUUUGCAGGCGUUCAUCCCCAUGGAUGGGCAGCAGAAACUGGACAAGUGCCGGCGGUUUGUGACAGUCCAGUGGCAGCUCUUGGAGGCCAACAGGACUUCUGCCAAUGAGACCGAAGUGGCCACUGAGCCCUGCCUGGAUGGGUGGAGCUACAGCAAAGAGCUUUUCUCCCAUACCAUUGUCACUGAGUGGGACCUGGUGUGCGAGUCCAAGACGCUGAAGCAGAUGGCUCAGUCCAUUUACAUGGCUGGGAUCCUGGUGGGCUCGGCCCUGUUCGGGAGCCUGUCAGACAAGUUUGGGCGCAAGGCGCUGCUCGUCUGGUGCUACCUGCAGAUGGCCACGACAGGGACCUGUGCUGCCUUUGCGCCUGGCUUCACUGCUUACUGCACGUUUCGCUUUCUGGCUGGCCUGGCUAUGUCUGGCAUCACACUCAACUCCGUAUCCCUGUGCAUGGAGUGGAUCCCGACCCACAUCCGGGCGGUGGUGGGCACCUUCAAUGGAUACUGCUACACCACGGGGCAGUUCAUCUUGGCCGGCAUUGCCUUUGCUAUCCCGGACUGGCGCUGGCUCCAGCUCACUGUCUCCCUGCCCUUCUUCAUCUUCUUCCUCUACUCCUGGCUCUUUGUGGAGUCUGCCCGGUGGCUGGCGACCGCAGGGAAGCCAGAGCGUGCUGUGGACGAGCUCAAGAAGGUGGCAAAGAUCAACAGGAGGAAGGAGGAAGGCGACAAACUCAAUACCGAGGUCCUGAGCUCCCUGCUGCAGAAGGACCUGUCGUCAAUCCGCUCCCGUCACACCAUGGCUGACCUCAUCCGGACACCGGCCAUGAGGAAGAUCUCCUCGGGGGUCUCCUUUGUCUGGUUCUCCACCAGCUUUGCCUACUAUGGCUUGGCCAUGGAUCUCCAGGACUUUGGGGUCAACAUCUACCUGACGCAGCUCAUCUUCGGAGCCGUUGAUUUCCCAGCCAAAUUGAUCUCUGUGCUCACCAUCACCUUCGUUGGCCGGCGUUUCUCCCAGGCCUUUGCCCUCAUCCUGGCCGGGCUGUGUAUUCUCACCAACAUCUUCAUCCCUCAAGAGCUCUCGACCAUGCGCAUGGUCUUUGCCGUCAUUGGAAAGGGGUCACUGGCUGCCUCCUUCAACUGUGCCUACAUCUUUUCUGGAGAGCUCUUUCCCACUGUGAUCAGGCAGACCGGCAUGGGGCUGGGUGGCACCAUGGCCCGAGUUGGGGGCAUUGUGGCCCCGCUGGUCCGGAUCACAGGUGAAUACUUGCCCUCCCUGCCCUUGGUCAUCUACGGUGCCGCCCCCAUCGUUUCCGGCAUCGCCGCCUGCUUCCUGCCAGAGACGCGCAACAUGCCGCUGCCUGAGACGGCGGAGCAGGUGGAGAGACGAUCAAGGAAGGCGACGGAAGAAGAACAGCAAAUGAAGGUGCUAUUGAAUUCCAGCAAGCUGGACCCGGACAGAGAAGCCAGCUAAGGAGAGGAAAGGAAGAGCGAUUGUUUUCCAUGCAGGGGUUUUAUUUCGGCUGGAAAUAUUUAUGGAGCGCGGCCCUGGGAAGACGCAGCAGAGAGUGGCGGGAUUGAGUUUCACAGGCUGCCCAGCACGCGGCAUUGCUGGGAGCAACGUGAGGAACCAGGUGUCCGCCUCCCAGCCCCCCCUGCUCGAACCCCCCAGCCCCACCCCCUCCCAGUCCUGGGGAUACGACCCAGGUGCCCGGGCUCCCAGCGCCAACCCACAGCCUAGGGUGGGGGGACAGGCUGGCGGGAAAGGGGUCUAUUUAUGAUAAUGAGGGCCGGUAAUAAGGCCGAAUAAAGGUGUUUUCUUGGCA